GAGGACAAACAGAUCCUUCAGCUAUAGCAAUUAUACAAACUCUAGAAACCAAUGUAGACAAGCAAAAGCACAUAUUUGGCCUGCCAUGAAAAUGACUACAAGAUUAUAUAAUUCCAGGACUUACCUAUAUAAACUCUGAUAUAUCCCAUUCUUUUUUGCAUCAAACAAGAAGCUCUCUAGUCUCCCCCCUACACGAAAUCCUACUCAUUUAUUUUCUUGUAAGAACCAAAACAUGGCUGUCACCACCUUCACUGAGGAACACACUUCUCCACUUCCCCCCAAAAGAAUAUUCAAGGCCUCCAUAAUUGAUUCUCAUUACUUGAUCCCUAAGUUGAUGCCACAAGCUAUUAGCAGCAUUGAAGUUCAAGGCGAUGGAGGUGCUGGAAGUAUUAAGACCAUCAAUUUUCCUGAAGGUGGCAAGUUUAAGUCCAUAAAGUAUCGUGUUGAUGAGCUUAACGAGGAGACAUACACGUAUAAAUACACAUUGGUUGGAGGUGAUGGAUUGGUGGACAACCUUGAGAAAAUAAGUUAUGAUGUGAAGUUUGAGCAGUCAACAGAUGGUGGUUCCAUAUCUAAGGUGACUAGCACAUACUAUACUGUGGGAGAUUUCAAGCUCAAUGAAGAGGAGAUCAAGGCAGGCAAGGAGAAGGUCUCGGCUAUGUUCAAAGUUGUAGAAGCCUAUCUCCUUCAAAAUCCUGAAGCCUAUGCUUAAAGGUUGCUUAUGUUAUGGGAUGGUUUUUUCUCUAUGGAUUCUAAGUUUGUUCUUC